CUCCAACAGGAUCGCAUGUCCGAACGAGCCAACCAAACCUUUACCAUCCCAAUUCCGGCGCCAACAGCCGAGGCUGCUAUUGUUGGCGGAGCAGCGAUAGCGAGCCUUUUCGUAUUUUGCCAGAAAAAUAAGCUUCCAGCACCCGAGUACACAUUCUCGUCUGGGCCACCAUUUUCGGUCAAACUACAGGUGAACGAUGCAUUGUUCAAGGCGGACGGCUUUCAAAAUAAGCAGGACGCAAAGCGUACGGUCGCAGCGGCGGCAGUACAGCAUCUACAAGAGAGUGGGCACCCGUACUUCACCACGUCUAGCGAGGGUGGACUGAAUUUCAUUUCCUUGUUGUGUAACUGGUGUGCCGCCAAUAUGAAAGAGCAACCAGAGUAUUUCAUAUGGGCUGACGGACAGGGUUCUGCCAAUGGGCCGUGGAAGUGUAGAGCGAGAGUUGCCGGGCAAUAUUUUCACAGUUACAAAUCGUUCAGCAGGAAGCAAGAUGCGAAGGAAAGCGCCGCAAGACACGCGUUUAAGGCCCUUGCUGAAGAAGCAUCGCAAAAGUCAUCAGGAAGCCCUGCGGUAGUGCGAAAUGAUCCCCUCAAUGACAACGCUUCGCGCAUUUCGUCUGUAUCGAAUGGUAAAAAUACCAUGUGUGAAAUGAACCUCACUGCCACUCGCCGUGAGUCUGAAAGCUUACGUCAGUAUUUGCAGAGGGCGGAUCGAGCAUUAGAGCCCGACAAUUGGAGACCACGAAAAGCUAUUGUGAACGCUUGGCUGAUUGGAGUGCGGCUACAAACGGUGCCACUAAGGUGGAUUACCUUUCUCGACUAUUACCUAGUGGACAGUGGAUUGCUCAAGUAACUGUGGGUGGGCAGAAGUUCACAUCCCUGCCAGGAAGUAAAACGGAAGCUCAAGCUAAAGAAUCGGCAGCCGCAGUCGCUUGGGAAACAAUAGAAGGUGAUGUUGAAGAGCGGUCAGAAUCGCCCGGUGUGCUCCGCCAAUGGAGGAACACAGUUUUGGGUGCACUGUCCUCCUCAUGGGGAUUGGGUUCCAAAAGGCGCCGAGAAGAAGCUUCCGAUCCGGAUGACGUAAUAUACCAAAGCUCUGGAGAGGAAGGGAGCAACAAUCCUACCUAUUGUGAGCUGCUGCAUGCUGAAUGCUUGAAGCUGAGCCUUCCCCGCCCUACUUAUAGCUAUAGUAAAGAUAUAGUCCAAGGUGGCGUAAAAUGCAAAGUAAUGAUCAGUGGGAAGACAUUUGAGACGUUGCGAGCGCAUAGCCGCAAGAGUACCGCAAAGGAAGAUGCCUGUGGCGAUGCUUACAAGUGGCUAAAAAGAUGAAUUUUCCUAUAGCUAGCGCUUGACGUCUCUAAAUGUAUAAUAUUGCUUAUGUAGUGAUGUAAAUAUGUACAGCGUGCUGGAUGUUCGUCG